CGCGUUUACCAUCAAAACAAACUUCCUCUUUUUGCAUUCUCAAUCACAAAUACAUACAUUCAUACAUAUGGAUUCAAACAAACCAAUUAUCAUCAUGGGUAACUUUAUCAAUCCCUCUUCAUCAUCUUCAUGUUCGCGACCUCUUCUUCUCUUCCUCGCUUUCCUCGCGAUUCUCCUUCUUCAGUUCUCUAGCAAAUCCGUUUUCCCGAUACGGUUCGUUUCCGGACCGUCCCGACCCGGUGAUGACGUGCCCGUUGACCCGAGGAGCUGUGCCGGGUUUUUCGGACACGUGGGACUGCCGCGGCGGAAGGUGGCGAUGUCGAUAGCGGAGUUUGGCGGAGUUGGCGACGGGAAAACGUCCAACACCGAAACGUUUCGGAAGGCGGUGCGGUACAUGCAAGGUUUCGGUCACAAAGGUGGGUCCCAGCUCAACGUUCCGAAGGGGAAGUGGGUUACUGGGAGCUUUAACCUUACCAGUAAUUUCACUCUGUUUCUUGAAGAAGGUGCUGUAAUUCUUGGCUCCCAGGACCCGAAAGAAUGGCCUAUAAUAGAACCAUUGCCUUCUUAUGGAAGAGGGAGAGAGCGAUUAGGGGGAAGACAUAUAAGCCUUAUACAUGGAGAUGGUCUCACUAAUGUUGUCAUUACAGGACAGAAUGGUACAAUUGACGGCCAAGGAAAAAUGUGGUGGGAGCUAUGGUGGAACAGAACAUUGGAGCACACUAGAGGCCACCUAGUUGAGCUAAUGAACUCUAACAACAUUCUAAUUUCAAACCUUACGUUCCUCAAUUCUCCAUUUUGGACCAUUCAUCCUGUUUACUGCAGUAAUGUUGUUAUCAAAGACAUGACAAUUCUGGCUCCUCUCAACGCGCCAAAUACCGAUGGUAUAGAUCCAGACUCAAGCACAAAUGUGUGUAUUGAAGACUGUUACAUCGAGAGUGGGGAUGAUCUGGUGGCAGUGAAGAGUGGUUGGGACCAAUAUGGAAUCACCAUUGCCCGUCCAAGCUCAAACAUUAUUGUCAGGAGAGUUUCCGGAACUACCCCAACCUGUUCUGGGGUUGGAAUAGGUAGUGAGAUGUCUGGUGGGAUUUCAAAUGUAACUAUUGAUGAUUUGCAUGUUUGGGAUUCAGCAGCUGGGGUGCGUAUAAAAUCAGAUAAGGGUAGAGGGGGGUAUAUAGCAAAUAUCAGUAUUAGUAACAUAACCAUGAAGAGAGUAAAGAUACCCAUAAGGUUCAGUAGAGGAGCUAAUGACCACCCUGAUGAAGGAUGGGAUCCCAAAGCUUUUCCAAAAGUAAAGGGUAUUUUCAUAAGUAAUGUGGUUAGUUUAAAUUCAACAAAAGCCCCUGUACUGCAGGGCAUUAAGGGUGCGUCAUUUGAAGAAAUAUGCUUAAAAAAUGUUACAAUUCUUGGCCUUGCUCCGCCCAGGACGUGGCAGUGUGAAUUUAUUUCAGGAUUUGCUAGUGAGGUGUUCCCAAUGCCAUGUCUCCAGUUGCAGAACAAUGGCUCUUCAUUUUGGUGUUCAUACUCAUAGCUUCUUUGAACAACUCCAAAUUUGUACAUCCAGAAAAAUUAGUCUUGAAUUUGAAGGGUUCACUGGGGACUUACUUCUGAGCGUCCUGCUUUGAGAGAUUUGAAAAAAGUGAUCAUAUAGUUGGCUUGACUGGAUUCGGCUUGUGCAGUCCAUAUAAUUUUUUUUUCUUGACUUGGAUGAGAGAGAUAUCAAGCUGGUGUACCAUGUCCAUGGAUCUUGCAGAGGACUGCUAGUCGGAUAUCAGCCUUCAAUUUUGACAUCAAACCAACAGUCUUGUGAAGUUGAGCUUGGUUGCCUUGAUAGAUUCUUCUGAUGAAUUCCAGAUUUAAUACAGUAAGUAAUAUUUGCAGACUAUUCUUGGAUUCUGUUAUUCUUUCGUUAUUAAUUGCUGAUGAUACACAUUCAACAUUGAGAGAGACCCAGAAUUGAACAAGUACAGAGGACUAUAGCAGAAAUUUACCAUGUAUAGAACUUACAAAUCAUUCAA